UGGUGUGUCUUGGUGCUGUAAUCCUACUUUUGUGCUUAUAGUGUACUAUGUAGGCGAUGAAGUACCCAAGGCACCAGUUUCCAACUGACUUAUUAACUGGGUCAUUUAGAGUAGGGUUCCUUAAAAGUUAGUACUAGUAGUAAAGUAUUUCAGGUAAUUUUGGUAACUCACCAUGCAGCAUGUGAGUUUAGUAUAUCUAAUAAAAUGUAUCUUUUUUGUAGUUUCUUUUAAAAGUUGAGCUAUUAAAGUAUUUUUAAACGAUAAAAUCUAUUAGCCUACUACUUUGAAAUGUAUUACUAUGCAAUAACAUAAACUUGUUUGACUACCGGUAAUAAAUUUAAAAAAAUGAAAAAAAUAAUGUAAUCUUGUAUUAAUAUUAGUCUGUUUUAAAAGCUGUCAAUUGUUUUUAUUUUGUUAUCUUAUUUAAAAAAUGAUUUUAGGUUUAACUUUUGUUUGUAAAUAUAAAUAUAUUGAUAAACAUUUUUUAUGAAAUUUAUGAAGAUUUUAAAAGUUUGACACAUAAUAAGAAUAAUUUAAUUAACUGAAAAUUUCAAACAAAGAAAUUACCCAUUAGUCUCGCAUUUCUUUUGACAAUUAUUUGUAGAUCUAUAGCCAAGUAUUAAACAAUGAAAGCACGUCUCGUUUACCCCAGUCAUUUGCAGUGGGCCAUGGAGUAUUUGUUAUAUUGAAAAGCUGGGCAACUUUUUGUUACUGAAAUUAUUAAUUGUAUUCCAUGUAAUUUAGAAUGUUAUGUGAUCUGUGCAGGAAACAGAUCCUGUUUUUCCACUUCAAGGACAUUGUAGUCUUGAAUAAUUGUUGUUGGUAGGGUAGCUUUGUAAUGGGUAUGGGAAAGCUUAAGAAAUAAUACCGGAAUCAAACUGCAAAAAUGACAAAGCAAAACAAUUCUCCCAACGGAAUCGUCAACGGGAAAAUAAUGAAUAAUAAGCCUAUGACAGGACAGUCACCAAGGUCGCAUCUACCACCAGAAACAAGGAUUGUAUCUUCUCCGCUUAUAUCCAAGGGGAGAGGUCCAAGUGGAGUUGUGACGAUCAUUUCAUUGCGUGUGCAAGGCAUGGAAGAACUCUGGCACAAAUGCACUGAGGAAGCAAUCGCAAGCAUGUUGUCAGAAUACAGACAAGUGGUAACAAGGUGUUGUAAAGAUUUUCACGGAUUUGAGGUUUCAUCUCAUGAAGACCAGUUCUUGAUCGUGUUUCAAAACCCGUGGGAUGCCAUCAACUGCUGCCUGACCAUUCAAAGCGCGCUGGUUCAAAUCUCGUGGUCGAAUGAAGUAACAACAUGUCAGUACUUUUUCCGACUUGAAGACACUCGUGGUAUAGCUGGUAAAACUUUGUUAUUCCAUGGGCCUCGUGUACAAGUUGGCGUUUCAAGGGGAAAAGUGCGAUCCGAAUACGAAUAUGCAACAGGCAGCACGAGGUACAGCGGCAGUGAACUAGACAUCGCUGUCGGUAUCGCCCGCAUUGCAAAAGGUGGCCAGGUACUUGUAAAUACAACAGCGUGGACUGAGGUACAACGCCCCCAGCUAACCCCUUGUGUGCACAAUGAUACGGGAAGACAUAAAGUCGAAGCCAGUGAUAAAAGGCUUCGUUUAAUUGAGUUGUUACCUGCUGCACUCGCUGAAAGAUCAAAGCACUUCGGUACGUCAUGUAGUAAUUGCGGAGAUCGUAUACGACCCGACCAAGGAUAUAUUAAAGCUUUAGGGAGACAUUGGCAUUUGAAGCAUUUUCGAUGCUACCACUGCAACGUACCGCUUAUGGACUCAUAUAUUGUGAAAGACGGAAUGCCGUAUUGUCUGGACGACUUCUUCACAUUACAUGCGCGUACAUGCCACGGGUGUGAUACUAUUAUAACUGGCUCGUAUAUUGAAGCUAUGUCAAACUAUUGGCAUCCUGAUUGUUUCGUGUGUCAGAAAUGUCGACGCCCCCCGGAGGGAAACGAAAAUAUCUACGAGUUGAACGCUCUGCCAUUUUGUUUAAAGUGUUACCACGAAGUGGCAUCAUCAGUGAACAACGGUCGAAGCAAGUCGCAAAACAAAGUCUUACGAAGCACCGAGAUCACGAAACACCACACAGUGGUCAAAUCCUAAAUUUUCCAUCACCGGCAGGUGGAGCGCGCGAGUUGUAGACCACGGUGAAGGUGUUUUGUACGAGAAUAAUAUUUUUACCCUGCGAAAAUUAUGCUAAGCUUUAACUCAAACAUAUCUCAGGUUUACAAAUAGAGCAGCAUCUUCAAAGCCAUUUUUACCUUAAACUCGCUAUCCCACUUCGUCCCAGCCAUGUUUUAUUUGUGUAAGGGAUUUAAAUUCACGGUUCUUGACUAUGUUUUGUCUCCGAACCUACAGCACAGGAAUAUUACUAUUGUUCGGUUAAGGCGUAUAAAAACAAACCUUUUUUCCAAGUUUCUAAGGAUCUAAAUAAAACCCAAACUGUGAAAAAUAUUAAAUUUUUAAACUUUAAAUAACAAGUGUUCCGAAUUUUACAAAUUUUUACCAUAUUUUCUAAAUUUUUCUCGCACAGUGGUCAUUUUUCGCACAAUAUUUAUUUAUAUUCAUAUACAUUAUAUCUUCAUAAUCCGUCUAUUUCUGUAUUUUUCUUUUUAGUGACGUCAUCUACACAGUUUUUUCAUUAAUAUCUUGCAAGUUUCGUUAAACUGAGAUUUCUAAACCAGACCUCGACUAUUACACCCGUUUUAUCAUGAUUAUAAACUGUGAGAUUAUCCGCACUGUGUACCUUCCUAUAUGCUCAAGUCAUUCCUCAUUCACCAUUUUUAUACCUUCAUAGUAUAACGUGGGGUAAGAUGGGUACCAUUGGCACAUAAUAUCCUAAUCGUGUAUUUAACAGCUAACAACGCUCUUUUAAGAAUCGUAAGGCUGCGGUUGCAUAACUCUGUAAAUAUUCUUUACAACCAAAUUGGAGGAUAAAAAAUUAUGCACACAUGUACCAUCUUUCCCCAACUUACUAUAUUGGCGAACAUUUUAUUAGUUGUCCCGUGUCAAAAUUUAUGUUUUAUUUUCGAAACCGUCAAUACGAAAAAAUUGGAAGUCGAUGUCAAUAUUUUUUAGUUUUUUUUAAAAACGCCUCGCAGAUUAAUCGCAAUUGAGGUAGGUACACGUCCAAAUGCUAGACAUUUUUGCAAGCGAAAUGCAUUAUUAAAUUUCCCCAGCCAAACAA